AUGAGGGCGCGCGCGAGUACGCUUGUCCGAGAUGUGCAUCUUUGGGACAUGCCUCUUGGUCUUACAGAUCCGAACGAGCUUGCUUGCUCAUGGAUCCCACGUCGCGCGCAGAUGGGAGACGAGUGGGUAGAAAAGGGAGAAGCGAGGGAUGUGUUAUCAGAGAUGGCGCAUAAUGAAGCGGGAAGCGGGAAGAAUGAUUUGGCGGACUCGCUUCGCGAGCUGUCUAUCUGUUUUGAGCAAGGGCUACCCACUGUAGCGGCGGCGCAGGACGUGUGA